AUGAGGUGGAAUAACAACACAUCUGGGUUUGUCCUUAGGAGGAUGGCCCAGUUAGUUUUUGAUGGCAGUAGGGCUGACAAAUGCUUCAAGGAUAAGGAUGUGAACUAUGUGGCAAAGGCUUUAUUAGAUUACUAUGGUGAGGCUGAUAUCAAUGCCAUAAUGCUUGAACCUGAGCACUACACAGCCCACUGCAAGGACCAUCCUAAGAAUGCUGAAUUCCUCAACACCCCAAUCAAGUUCUACACUGAGAUGGAGACCAUAUUUGGUUCUUCCAUGGCCACUAGUAGUGUUGCUGCUAAGAUUGAGGCCCAGGGCUUUACCACUGCUGUUGAUAUCAAAUAUAGCCCUGAUAUGGGUGAGGGCAGCAAGGCAACUGAGCUGCUCACUUCCAAUGUGGGAGUAAAGAGAAAGAGGGGUAAUUUCAGUGAGGAAGAGAUGCUGAUGAUGACUAACAUGACUGAUGCUGUCAACAACGUAGCCUCUACACUUAGAGAGACUAGGCCUGCACAUGUGGAUCCUGACCUCUAUCUUGUUGUGAUGGAGAUGCCUGGCUUCACCACUGAAGCUCUCAUUGUUAUCUACACCUACCUGCUGGAAAACAAGGCCCUAGGCAGGGGCUUUGUGAACAUGGCAAUAAGCCAUACGGACAUUUGGCUAAGGAACUACCUUGCCAAGAACUACUAUAUGUAG